CAUGAAAACCGAUACUAUUUUUGGCGGGUUUUGGUUCUUUAUCAUCACCAUCAUCCUAACCUUGCUACAACUUUGCAAUGGAAAAGUAUUCAUGGAAUACAUCGGAGCAACGGGAAAGCCUGUGACGAUGGACGAGGUUCCGAUUGACGACGGCAUCGACUUCCACUUCAUACUUAGUUUUGCUAUAGACGCAGAUGCCUCCGGCAACCCCCAAAACGGAAUAUUCAAACCCUACUGGGCGUCAUCGUUAACGCCGGAGUCCGUAGACGCAGUUAAAUCCAAGCACCCAAACGUAAAAGCUAUGGCGAGCCUCUCUGGUUGGAGUCUCGGUUCCACAACACUUCGUUGGUAUAAACCGGAAAACUCUCAGACGUGGAUCUCAAACGCCUUUAAAUCUCUCAAAUCCAUAAUUCAAACCUACAAUCUAGAUGGUAUCGAUAUCGAUUACGAGAACUUUCCGAGACAUAACGAAAGUUUCAGUUACUGCAUUGGCGAACUCAUAACCUACCUAAAAAACCAAAGCGUCAUUUCAGUCGCUACAAUCGCACCGUAUCGGCUAACGACGAUACCUUACGUGCAACUAUUCGCCGCAUACGGCGGCGUUAUUGAUUAUGUUAACCACCAAUUUUACACAGAUAAAGUGAGGACGACGGAAGCGUACCUGGAAGAUUUCCGGCUGAGGACGGCGCAGUUCGACAAAGAGAAGGUGUUGCCGAGUUAUGAAAUCGAUGGAAGAGGGAUUCAAGGCGAGGCGUUCUUCGACGCAUUGCAUAUUUUGGAGGAAAAUGGAUUCGAUAUCAAUGGGAUUAUGAUAUAUUCAGCAGAUGCAUCUGCUUCAACCAAUUUAACCACCAAAUUCUAUUACGAGCAGAAAUCACAGGAGUUCUUGCUCAAUUCUUCAAGGGUUUGAGUUGGACUACAUUUUUUUUUUAAAUCGAGUGAUUACAAUAAUUCUUUGAAAAGAGAAAAUCAAAUACAACCGUUAAUUACAAUUAGUUUUCAUUGUAUGAGAAAUCGAUGAUUUUUUUUUUAUCAACCAACUCUUCAUGGCUUACACUUUAAAUUUUAAAAUGUAUACUUUGUAUAGAAAAGCUAGCUCAAAGGCUUAAUACAUACACGCGUAAAUAUAUUGUAUGUAAGCUGAUUAUUAUAUUUUUCUCGGCCAGAUACAUACAGUCCCAAGAUCUCAACUCUCAAAAGACUUUUCAUAUAUAUACAUGAAAAACAAGCUAGUGUUCAUUUUGUGCUUCGAUCGGAGCAUCUUCAUUUGAUCAUGUGUCUCCGGUUCUAUGGAAAUCACCGACG